CCUGGAGCAUCACCCCGGGGGCCGGCUGGAGGACCGCAGGACCAGCAUCGCCGUUGGCGUGACGGAUGAGGAGGAGAGCCGCGACACCGUCCGCCUCCACGAGAAGGAAGAGAAGAAUGUCCUGCGGUAUUACCUCUUCGAGGGCAUGCGCUACAUCUGGAUCGAGCGGCGGCAGGCCUACUGCAAAGUCAGUGUCUUGGACGAAGGCUGGACCUGCGCAGAUCUCCACCUCGCUCAGGCUGGGCUCCACCAGCAGGACCACAGCACCAAGAGGAAGAUCUACGGAGCCAACCUCAUCGAGGUGCCCGUCAAGUCCUACGCCAGGCUGUUGGUGGACGAGGUGCUCAACCCCUUCUACAUCUUCCAAGUGUUCAGCAUCGUGCUGUGGGUCUGCGAUGCCUAUUACUACUAUGCCGCCUGCAUCUUCCUGAUCUCCACCAUCUCCUUGGGGCUGUCCCUCUAUGAGACCAGGAAGCAAAGAACCACGCUCCAAAACAUGGCCAAGAUGUCAGUGGGGGUGCGAGUCCAUCGCCCCGGUGGAGAGGAGAUGGUGGUGAGCUCCGUGGAGCUGGUGCCGGGUGAUUGCAUCAGCCUCCCCGCGGAUGGGAUGCUGGUCCCUUGCGACGCCGCACUGCUGACGGGCGAGUGCAUGGUCAACGAGAGCAUGCUGACAGGGGAGAGUGUGCCGGUGAUGAAGACCCCUCUCCCGGGCGGCAGCCAAGCAGCCAACACCAUCUAUUCCCCAGAGGAGCACCGGCGGCACACGCUCUUCUGCGGGACACAGGUCAUCCAAGCCAAGUCCUACGUGGGCAGGGACGUGCUGGCCGUGGUGACCCGCACAGGGUUUUGCACAGCCAAGGGUGAUCUCAUCAGCUCCAUCCUCUACCCCAAACCCGUCAGCUUCAAGUUCUACAAGGACGCUGUGAAGUUUGUCCUCUUCCUUGCCAUCCUGGCUUUGGUGGGCACGCUCUACAGCAUCCUCAUCUUGGUCAAAAACCAGGUCCCCAUGGGGCAAAUCAUCAUCCGUGCCCUGGACCUGGUCACUGUCAUCGUGCCCCCAGCUCUGCCGGCUGCCAUGACGGUGGGCACCAUUUACGCCCAGAACAGGCUGAAGAAACGGGGCAUCUUCUGCAUCAGCCCCCCCCGCGUCAACCUCUGCGGAAAGAUCCGCCUGGUUUGCUUCGACAAGACAGGCACCCUGACGGAGGAAGGCUUGGACGUCUGGGGAGUGGUCCCGCUGGAGGACAACUACUUCAUGCCCAUUGUCCAUGAGCCCCGCUGCUUGCCUGCUGGCCCCCUGCUCUACUCGCUGGCCACCUGCCAUGCCGUCUCGCUGCUGCGGGCACAGCCUGUCGGGGACCCUGUGGACCUCAAGAUGGUGGAGUCCACUGGCUGGCGCCUGGAGAUGAUGGAGGAGGAGGAGGAAGGGGAGCUGCCCGCCCUCCAGCAGUUUGGGACGAAGGUCUUGGCCAUGAUGAAACCUCCUCCUGAAGAAGAGCAGCCCCGAGAUAGGAAGCACCAGUCACCCGUGGGGAUCCUCCGACGUUUCCCCUUCUCCUCCUCCCUGCAGCGCAUGAGUGUCCUGGCCAAGCUGCCCGGAGAAGCCUCAGCCCACGCCUACACCAAGGGCGCACCGGAGAUGGUGGCCAGCCUCUGCAGGAGGGACACGGUGCCCAUGGAUUUCUCCCAGAUGCUGCGGCACUACACCACAGAUGGUUUCCGCGUCUUGGCUCUGGCUUCCAAACCGCUGAGCGCAGUAACCACCUUCGAGGAGGCUCAGCAGCUCCAGAGGGACUCCGUGGAGAGCAGCCUGACCUUCCUGGGCUUCCUUGUCAUGAAAAACGUCCUCAAGCCAGAAUCUGCGCCUGUCAUCCACCUCUUGAGGAGCGCCAACAUCCGACCCAUCAUGGUGACAGGGGACAACAUGCUGACAGCUGUGAACGUGGCCCGCAGCUGCCGCAUGGUGGGGCCCAAGGAGCGGGUGGUCUUCGUCAACGCCUCCCCGCCCGGCCACGACAAACCCGCCGCCCUCAAAUUCAUCCUCGCUGAGCACUCUCAGGGUGAGGAGCAGCCGGAGGGACAGCCCCAGCAGGACGGCUGCUUCCCCCCGCCUUGGCCCUGCCACUUGGCCCUCAACGGCAAAUCCUUCGCUGUUGUCUGCGAGCACUUCCCCGACCUCCUCCCGAAGAUCCUCAUCCGAGCCACUGUGUUCGCCCGCAUGUCGCCUGAGCAGAAGACCCAGCUGGUGUGCGGCCUGCAGGACCUCGACUACUGCGUGGGGAUGUGUGGGGACGGCGCCAACGACUGCGGGGCCCUGAAGGCAGCUGACGUGGGCAUCUCGCUGUCAGAGGCUGAGGCCUCAGUGGCCUCGCCCUUCACCUCCCGUGGGGGCAACAUUGAAUGCGUGCCCACUGUCAUCCGGGAGGGCCGGUGCUCGCUGGUCACCUCCUUCGGUGUCUUCAAGUACAUGGCCCUGUACAGCUUGGUGCAGUUCGUGUCCGUCCUGCUGCUCUACACGAUCAACACCAACCUGAGUGAUUUCCAGUUCCUCUUCUUUGACCUGAUCAUCACCACCACUGUGGCAGUGCUGAUGGGUCGCACCGGUCCUGCCCAGGAGCUGGGGGUGGAGCGGCCCCAAGGGGCGUUGAUCAGCGUCCUCGUGCUAGGCAGCCUCCUCCUCCAGACGGCCUUGCUCAUCACCGUGCAAGUGCUCAGCUACUUCAUCACCAUCUCGCAGAGCUGGUACGUGCCACUGAACAGCACGGUGACAGCUCCCCAGAACCUGCCCAACUAUGAGAACACAGUCCUCUUCUGCAUCACGGGCUUCCAGUACCUCAUCCUGGCCGUUGCCAUGUCCAAGGGGUACCCAUUUCGGGAGCCGCUCUACACCAACGUGCUCUUCUUGGUAGUCCUCAUUCUCCUUUUUGGCCUCAUGAUCUGGUUGACCCUCUACCCACUGGGCUUCCCCAAAACCCUGCUGAAGCUGCAGGGCAUUGAUGACUUGAAUUUCAAGCUGCUGCUGCUGGGGAUCGCCGCCCUCAACUUCUUCGCUGCCUUUGUGCUGGAGACUGCCCUGGACCAUGGUUUGCUUGGUUGCCUCCGCAAGCUGCGCCGAAAGAAAGCCUCCAAGAAGCUCUUCAAGCGUCUGGAGAAGGAGCUGAGCCAGCAGCAGCCACCCUGGCCGCCCAAAAAAAGCCCCCACUAA